AUGCAGAGGACACAGCAAUGGGUCGAGAACGAAGAGCUCCCUGGCGAGUCAGCUGCAGGAGAGAAUUCGGCAUACCACAUGUUUUCAGAUGACGCCAGGAACGACGACUCGGGCUAUUAUGGCAACCAACACCACGUCCUCGCAGUCAAGCACUCCGGUCAGCGCCCGUAUGAACAUCAUUCGGUCAAGGGCCAUGACUUCCCUCAAGUGUCUUCUAAUGACACGCCACUUGAACCACUGUUCGAAACCGGAACCGGUCAGACCUACAGUGAGCGGUCCACAGAGGAGGGGAUCUAUGGCCAUAGUUACUCUCAAGCAAAUGAUCCUCCUGAUCUUUCCGAGGAGCAGAGUCUUCCUUUCGAGCCGCAACCACAGGCUGAUAGCAAUGAGCCGUCCGAGUAUGAUCAAGAAGUGAAUGGCACCAGUGAUGGAGAGGACGAUGAUGAAGCGUUCAGGUGCGGCAUGUUGCGAAGUGCAGAAGCUCGUUGUUUCAGCGAUGACCUCUUCCAAUAUAUGCCAACUGCACCAACAACUUCCGCACUCCAGGACUUGGAGGAUCCACCAGGAUUGAUCGGCAUACAAGAACUUCUCGAACAGGAAAAGGGUGAAGGGUACCCACAAGAUCGAUGGCAAGUGGACAAAGACUCUGUCGCAAUGCUCGCCUCGAUUGUACGUGAUGUGAAGGAAUACCAAGUCAGCAAAAUGCACUUUCAUCUGCCCGUGCCUUUGCGACACUGCAGGUCAGAAACACCUGUUCUACAAUGUGACCCCGACACCGAGCUGAGGAGAUUGAAGCAACGUAACGAGAUCAACAUUGCCUCAGAUGGCAUGAUGCCGUUCGAUCUCGAGGACAAAAAGGGCGAGAGCUUGGUAUGGGGCGCAGAGGACCUGGCCCUCCCCGAGCGAGUUCGAAACGAACUUGAGUCAGAGAGGUUGCAGGUCGAUGCAGAGACGAUGUCUUUCAUGAAAGGUGUGCUUGGCGGGACAGAGCAGACUCUAGCAGAUUUGCUUCGGCAAGAGAGUGAGCGACAGGUCAUUCCUAGAGUCUCGCCCACGUUAUUACCACUCUCACCCCCUCUAAGUCCGGCGAGGAUACCCCCUGAGAUAGCCAACAUCCCACUUACAUCCACUCCGGAGGAUCCGACUUUGCACGAAGCCGCUGAACUGCAUGCGCAAAUCAGAGCUCGCGACGAACGAGAUGCUCAAGCAGGAAUGGAGACAGGAGCGGAAGAGGUGCAUAGUUUCGUGGUCAACGAAGCCGCUCCCUCCUCCACUCCGCUGCGUAAGAAGACCCGAGCACUGCAGAGCUUGAAGGUCCUCAGUCCAUUAUUCCCACAGAUAUCAUCAGAUUUGUCCGAGCCACCAGCGAAGAGAGUGAAGACGGUUGCGUUCAGCGAUGAGCUGCAGACUGUGAUAGGCUCCAUUCCGCCACUGGAUGAUGUGACAGAUUCUGAAGUGGGCGCUCAAGAAGCUACUGCUACUCUCACUGAGUUACUCGCACCUCUCGUCCAGCCGUCCCUGAACAGGCUUCAGAACGAAGAACUCGAUGAGCUUGAUACAAUCGCAAGAGUACCCGUCCCUGAAGUAUCACCGAUCAAAGCAAUUGCCCCUUGGGAACUCUCAGACUCCAGCAACGGACUGCUCGAGCAGAUCGGCGAAGAAUUGAACAUAGGUCAAGGCACAUGGCGUGGGGCAAGCAAACUCGACAAGGAUCUAUCAUGGGCUCCGUUUGCUUCCCAUCUGGCCAGAAUCAAGCCUGAAGGAGACUUCGACGAUGGCUCCUGUGCAAGAUACCUCAGAGAUCUUGACCUCGAUGACGACUUCGAUGUACAGCAACUUACGUGGAAGCCAGCGGGUCUCAGGCUGUUGGACAAGGAAGAAGACGAUACAGCGGACUUGCAUCGUGCCGAAUGGUCUAGCGAUGAGGCAGAUCUGAUUCCAUUCGGGUUGCACGAGGCCAUGAAUAACCAGCCGAGUGUGUCUGAGUCUGCUUCCCACAAAUCGACUCGUGCGGCGACUGGCAAGACACGAGUUCAUGAUUCGCACCCCGUGAUUGCACAUCAACAGAAGUCAAUGCUCACUGCAGUCGCUGCUGAUGUCGAUGAAGCCGGAGCCACUCGGUCGAGAUUCUUCUCCGUGCCUCCCAAGAGGAGGAAAAAAUUACAUACUCACGCGCAAGUCAAGAGAGCAGUAGCUGCUAGCAUUGGCGAUGUUUUAGCACAGCGCAAAGCGAAGCUCGACAAAGCAGUCGCAGCAAAGUUGGCAAGUGUCGACAAGGAGUUGACUGAGACCGGCGAUGCCAGGACAAGAGUCAAGAAACCGACCGUGGGAGACCAGCAAACCUCGCGUACCAACCCGAACGCAAUGGAGCAUUUUGGCCAGUUUCUUAUAUUACAGGGCCAGCCGGAAGUACCUCUACCUGAGGAGGUGACGACUUCCCAGGAUCAUUCUAGUAUUCAUGUCAGGACGGCGCCAGACUCGCUUGAUGUGACCGAACAGAGACUCAAAUCUGUCCCGGACGCACCACCGCACUGUUCUGUCAACAUGCCCACGCCGAAAGUCAUUGGAGAUGACGAGAGAUUUUCAAUCGCCGUGUCAUCCGCAGUGAUGAACAACCGGCCCAUGAUUCGCAAACUCCAAAAGCUUCUACCUGCCAUCGAGAUGGUGAUCCGAGACUCGGACGAGCGCGAAAAAGAAGCAGAUGUCACAGUGUCAGCCAGUACAGGUGUAAUCUUCACGAACUUGCAAAAGCUCAAGCAGAAGCCCCUGCCUGGCCAGAAAGCCUUCUUCGGAAUCCGCGAGCAGGUGGCGACAGCAGCUGUGAGAUAUGAACGCCUAGUCGUGCUCGUCAGUGAAGGCCAGCAGACUUCUGAUCAAGGAGAUGCGGAAGUCUCUGGUCUCGAUCAGCAAGAUACAGAUGCUUUGUGCGAAUUCAUCGGAAAUUGCAGCACUUUGGACGCUGAUGUUCAAGUCACCUAUGUUCCUGGUGGAAACGAGCAGCUCGUGGAAUGGCUUGCAGCGAUCAUCACACGAUGUGGAGAUACGUCCAUCUUGCUGCAAGAUGAGACCUACUGGGAGCGGUUCUUGCGGAAGGCAGGCUUGAACGCCUUCGCCGCCCAGGUCAUUCUAAAUCAGCUCAAAACAUCCACAUCGGAUGAGCAAAGCACAAGUGGCACUCCGGUACGCAGCCGUGAUGGCGUGUACGGUUUAGCAGCUUUGAUAUGCAUGAGCGAAGAAGAUCGCGUGCAGAGAUUCGCACAUGUGCUUGGUGGUGAAGGCAUGCUUCGCAGCGCCAGCAAAGCCAUCGACGGACGGUGGCUGUCUGCUGCAAAUGCAAUGUCCUGA